UGCCAGUGCAGAAAUAAAUCAGGCAUUCUAAUAAACAGGUUGAAGGACUUCUAAUAGGAGUAUUUUGGAACUGAUGUAUGCUUCAAGGUGCUUACGGUAUGCUGGUUAAAAAAGGACUGGUUAGUAAUCCUGUUGCUGAAAGAACAUAGGUUCAGUUACAUGUUAGAGUCUGACCUGUGCAUGCAGGAGUAGUGACUCUGAGUAACCCUUUCUUUCCGACAGCAUACAUGACAGCUUUGCCAGGGCACUUCUGAAAAUUAAAUUUACUCUGAAAGAACAAAUCACCUCUAGAGACUCACCUCUGUAUGAAUUAAUUUCUUAAAUAGGUGAUGACCCUAAAGGGGCAAAAGAAAAGGUCUUAAACCCUUUACUGUGGCAAAUACUUGUAGCUUUGUAGCACCAGAAACAGUUACGUGCGGAGAUUAUGUGGAUUAAAAGCUAGCAAUACCUGAAUGUGGUGAGCAGGGUAGCAUCCGGUUGCUUGCAGAUGGAAAUUUUGAAACAUAAUAAUUGCAGCAUUGCUAACCCUAACCUUGGUUUAAGAUGUCAAGAAGGUUUUUGUGGUGGUUUGUUUUUGUUCUAGGAUGUUUACUCAUAACUUACCAUGUUACUCCCCUGCUCUUGACAUACUCUGCACAUCUGCCCUAUUUUACUGUUUCUGGUGAUGGGAUCACCUGUGUUUUCCUGUGUGCUUUCUUUCUCAGCAUCUCUUUGGCAGGGUGACACUUAGUGCAGAUGUGGAGCCAGGUGUGAUGCUCACUUAUUUCAGCUUAUGUGGUUAUGUACUGUCAUCUCCUGUUUGCUGGAAUGUUAAUAUGGUCCCAUGCUGCAGUUCUGUGCCUCCCCAUACCUGGGAGAAGAAAGAACAUCAGCAGUCCAGCAGUGGCAAUGCAAGACCAGCAAGGUUCUUUAGAGGACAGGGUAUCUGUUUCAGUACAACACUAAAAGGUAGGUAUUACAGAAAACAGGAAAAACAGAACCUCUGGUUUGUCACAGGGUUUGCAUGUUUUGUGGUCACUGUGUCAUAGGGACAUCUGAAAAGGGGAGGUUGUGUCUACAUGUUAUCCUGUACUUGACCUUGCUGCCCUGGUGAUUGCAGAGGAAAUUGCAGCCCCAGAGAUCCAUGGCUGAUGAAAGGAGUUGCAAAGAGGAGAGGCACCUACUUGGCAAGACCUUUUGCAGUUUCUAUGGGCACCAUGCGGAACCGAAGAAAUGGCAAUUUUGAGAGUUCGAGGCUCCUCUAUUCCAGCAUGUCUCGCAGCACAGAUGUGUCCUGCAGCGAUGCUGAUUUGGUCAACUUCAUUCAAGAAAACUUUAAGAAGAGAGAAUGUGUUUAUUUUACUAAAGACACCAAGUCAAUGGGCAACUUAUGUAAGUGUGGAUACCCUGAAAAUCAACACAUAGAAGGCACUCAGAUUAAUAACAAUGAAAAAUGGAACUACAAGAAGCACACUAAGGAACUUCCUACUGAUGCCUUUGGGGACAUUCAGUUUGAAAACAUGGGAAAAAGAGGAAAGUACAUCCGUUUGUCGUGUGACACGGACUCUGAAACACUCUACGACCUCAUGACCCAACACUGGCACCUGAAAACCCCGAACCUUGUCAUCUCUGUCACUGGGGGCGCAAAGAACUUUGCGCUUAAGCCCCGUAUGCGCAAGAUAUUCAGCAGGCUGAUCUACAUUGCCCAGUCCAAAGGGGUACUACUUGGCCCACUACAUAAUGGAUGAUCUCAAGAGAGACCCUCUCUAUUGCUUGGAUAAUAAUCACACCCAUCUCUUACUGGUUGAUAAUGGCACCCAUGGGCACCCAACGAUAGAGGCGAAAGUACGAACUCAGUUAGAAAAGUACAUUUCGGAGCAGGUUAUCCCAGAAUCUAACUAUGGUGGGAAGAUUCCAAUUGUGUGUUUUGCCCAAGGUGGAGGGAAAGAGACUUUGAAAUCUAUCAAUGUGGCCAUCAAGAGUAAGAUUCCCUGUGUUGUGGUGGAAGGCUCUGGCCGGAUCGCUGAUGUUAUUGCUAGCUUGGUGGAGGCAGAAGGCACUCUUACCUCUUCAUGUGUCAAGGAGAGCUUGCUCAGAUAUCUGCCUCGCACCAUUUCAAGGCUCUCGGAAGAGGAGACUGAAAGCUGGAUUAAGUGGAUCAAAGAAGUCCUUGAGAACCCUCAUUUACUGACAGUUAUCAAAAUAGAAGAAGCUGGAGAUGAAAUUGUGAGCAAUGCAAUCUCUUUUGCUCUGUACAAAGCUUUCAGCACCAAUGAACAUGACAGAGAUAACUGGAAUGGGCAGCUGAAGCUGUUGCUGGAGUGGAACCAGUUGGACCUGGCCAGUGAUGAGAUCUUCACCAAUGACCGAAACUGGGAGUCUGCUGACCUGCAGGAUGUCAUGUUUACAGCUCUAGUGAAAGACAGGCCCAAAUUUGUCCGUCUCUUCCUGGAAAAUGGCUUGAAUUUGAGGAAAUUCCUUACCACAGAGGUCCUUAGACAGCUGUACACCAACAACUUCAGCAGCCUGGUGUUCAAGAACCUGCAGAUCGCAAAGAACUCCUAUAAUGAUGCACCUCUCACGUUUGUUUGGAAUAUGGUUGAAGACUUCCGAAGAGGUCUCAAAAGAGAUGACAAAAAUAGCAAGGAUGAGAUGGAGAUAUGUCUUUCAGAUGAGUGUCCAAUCACAAGGCACCCAUUGCAGGCUCUAUUUAUUUGGUCAGUCCUUCAGAACAAGAAAGAGUUGUCUAAAGUCAUUUGGGAGCAAACCAGAGGUUGCACUUUGGCAGCUCUCGGGGCCAGUAAGCUCCUGAAAAGCAUGGCGAAGGUGAAGAAUGAUAUAAAUGCUGCUGUUGAGUCUGAGGAACUCGCUAACGAGUACGAGACAAGAGCGGUAGAGCUGUUCACCGAAUGCUACAGCAAUGACGAGGAUCUGGCUGAGCAGCUGCUGACUUAUUCCUGUGAAGCCUGGGGAGGGAGCAACUGUCUGGAACUGGCAGUGGAAGCCAAAGACCAGCAGUUCAUUGCACAGCCGGGAGUGCAGAAUUUCCUUUCCAAGCAGUGGUAUGGAGAGAUUUCAAGAGAUACUAAGAACUGGAAGAUUAUACUGUGUCUACUCUUUUUCCCUUUAAUAGGCUGUGGUUUCAUCUCAUUCAGGAAAAAGCCUGUGGAGAAAACUAAGAAACUCUUCUUGUAUUAUGUGUCUUUCUUCACCUCGCCAUUUGUGGUCUUCUCCUGGAAUGUCAUCUUCUAUAUCGCUUUCCUGUUGCUCUUCGCCUAUGUGUUGCUUAUGGAUUUCCAGAAGGAACCUACAGUCCUGGAGAUAAUCCUUUACGUGCUGGUCUUCAUUCUACUUUGUGAUGAAGUGAGACAAUGGUACAUGAAUGGCAGUAAGUAUUUCUCAGAUCCAUGGAAUGUUAUGGAUACAUUAGCAAUCUUCUACUUCGUAGCAGGGAUUGUGUUCAGGCUUAACUCAUCUGAUGAAAGCUCUUGGUAUUCUGGGAGAGUCAUUUUCUGUUUGGACUACAUAGUUUUUACUCUGAGGCUGAUCCAUAUUUUCACAGUUAGCAGAAAUCUAGGACCCAAAAUUAUUAUGCUGCAGAGGAUGAUGAUAGAUGUCUUCUUCUUCCUCUUCCUCUUUGCUGUUUGGAUGGUGGCCUUUGGUGUGGCCAGGCAAGGCAUCCUGAGGAAGAAUGAGCACCGCUGGGAGUGGAUAUUUCGAUCUGUUAUCUAUGAGCCGUACCUGGCUAUGUUUGGCCAGUACCCUGAUGAUGUUGAUGGUACCACCUACAACUUUGACCGCUGCACCUUUUCUGGGAAUGAGUCCAAGCCCUUGUGCGUGGAGCUGGAUGCCAACAACCAACCACGCUUUCCUGAGUGGAUUACCAUUCCCCUAGUCUGCAUUUACAUGCUCUCAACUAACAUCCUUCUUGUGAACCUACUUGUGGCCAUGUUUGGUUACACUGUUGGAUCAGUACAAGAGAACAAUGACCAGGUGUGGAAGUUCCAGCGUUACUUCUUGGUCCAGGAAUACUGCAGUCGCUUGACUAUUCCGUUCCCUUUUGUCAUUUUUGCCUACAUCUUCAUGGUGAUGAGGAAAUGUUUGAAAUGCUGCUGUAAGAAAGAAAGUGAAGAGCCAUCUAUUUGUUGCUCAAAAAAUGAGGACAAUGAAAUUUUGGCAUGGGAAGCUGUCAUGAAGGAAAAUUACCUUGUUAAAGUCAAUACCAAAGCAAAUGAUUCAUCAGAAGAGAUGGUGCAUCGAUUUAGACAACUGGAUGCAAAGCUCUCUGAUUUGAAAGGGCUUCUGAAAGAGAUUUCCAGCAAAAUCAAAUGAAUGCAGCUGAAAUCCAAGAUCAGCUAGCUGAGCAGGGUGCUGAUUCAUCAAGAAUAAUUUCUCUGAGAUGGCAGUAACCACCAAGCACAUGGUAACUGAUCCACCAGAGUCUGUCUCAGCAGGAAUUUCUAGGAUUUUCAUUUUAUUUUUU